GUUGAUGCCCGAGGCUAUUUCGAAAGAGUUGGGAAGCGAGUGGUGGACAUACUGGAGACCAGAUACAUCACGGGAAACUCGCUAUCGAUUGGUGAUUAUGUUGCGCCGAUAAACGUAUCUGAUAAGGGCAUCCGCAUCGAUGGUCAGGUUUCGUUUCACUCUGCGUUUGUCGCCAAGAUAGGCGCAAUUGACCUGGAUAUGCAGCGCUUCACUGAGACGCUUCUCGACACGGAAGUUUCGGUGUCGGCAUCCUUGAAGUGGCACGAAAUCGCAGUAGUGCUGGAUUUCGAAGCGAACCUGGUCGACUACACAGGUUCGCUGCAAUUCAUGUCCAUCGACAACUCGAACAACAUUGUAACCGCUGGUUAUCCGAAUAAUAAACAUGUGCAGAUGAUUUCCCGGGAGGUUAUCACGAACUACGACUACCGCGAUCUUAUGAUUGCGUCGUUUAGGAAUUGGAAUUUCCUGAACAUACUUGCCCUGGCCAUCAGCGACAUACCGUUUUCGGAAGUGUGCUACAACUGCUAA